UUCAUGGAGGAUGAUGCUGCUGCUGUAGGAGCCGGAAGCAAAAGCUAAAGUUGUACCGCCUCCGGCUUUCAUUCAUUGCACUGACUCGGCAGGCCCUGGUCCGUUCGCAUUGGAGCCGAGAUACCUUUCGCAGCCGUGCAGAAGCUCUUCCCCAGAUGACGAGCGGUGAGCAUCCGUAGAACGUAGUGACGCACCGGCCCUGUGAUUUUGGGAACGUCACUAUGUGGCCACCGUAUCGGUACGGCCACGCACCGCUCGUAAGCUAGGGGAGAAACCUCUGCAUGGCAGUGAAAGGUGCGAAGUAACAAUAGUCCCAGUAACAUCAUUCCUGAUAGUUGGACGGGAAGGCAGAGCGUCCGCCUCUCCAAGGAAGACUUACAGACAUGUAACCAGAGAGGAAUAAAGCCGACAGAAGUGGAAGGAAAUGGAUUUCACACUCAUACAUUUUAUUCUCCUCUUAACAGCUGGAUCCGUUCUCUCCUCUGAAGAUGAAUCCCGCUUGAUUACGGAUUUGUUUAAAAACUACAACAAAGUUGUUCGCCCUGUCCAUAAGUUUAAGGACGCAGUCGUGGUGACAGUCGGUCUCCAGCUGAUUCAGCUGAUUGAUGUGGAUGAAGUCAACCAAAUCGUGACAACAAAUGUUCGUCUCAAACAGCAAUGGGUGGAUGUUAAUUUAAAAUGGGACCCAUCACAAUAUGGAGGAAUAGAAAAGAUCCGUAUUCUUUCUGGUGACAUUUGGCGUGCUGAUUUAGUCCUAUACAACAAUGCAGACGGUGACUUUGCAAUUGUUCAGGAAACUAAGGCUCUUGUGGACUAUACAGGAAAAAUUGUAUGGAAUCCCCCGGCCAUCUUCAAGAGUUACUGUGAAAUGAUGGUCACACAUUUUCCAUUUGACCUGCAGAACUGCAGCAUGAAACUGGGGACAUGGACUUACGAUGGGUCUAAGGUUAUUAUAAAUCCGGAGAGUGACCGUCCUGAUAUGAACAGCUUCAUGGAGAGCGGAGAAUGGUUCAUGAAGGAUUACCAAUGCUGGAAGCACUAUGUGCUCUACGACUGUUGCCCCGAUAAACCAUAUCUGGAUAUCACCUAUCAUUUCCUUCUGCAGCGCCUUCCACUUUACUUCGUCGUCAACGUCAUCAUUCCCUGCCUGCUCUUCUCCUUUUUGACCGGUUUGGUGUUCUAUUUGCCCACAGGUUCAGGUGAGAAGAUAACACUGAGUGUUUCUGUUCUGCUGUCCCUGACUGUGUUUCUUCUGGUUAUUGUGGAGCUGAUCCCAUCAACAUCUAGCGCGGUGCCGCUGAUUGGAAAAUACAUGUUAUUUACUAUGAUGUUUGUCAUAGCUUCCAUUGUCAUCACAGUUAUUGUGAUCAAUGCUCAUUUCCGUACUCCAAGUACUCACAUCAUGCCUCAGUGGAUGAGGAAGGUUUUCAUGGAAACUAUUCCAAACAUGAUGUUCUUUUCCACAAUGAAACGGCCUUCACAAGAAAAAAAAGGCAAGAAGAUAUUCACUGAAGACAUUGACAUUUCAGAUAUCUCAGGAAAACUGGGUCCUGCCACUGAUACCUACCAGUCCCCAAUCUUAAAGAACCCGGAUGUAAAGAGCGCCAUAGAUGGAGUUAAAUAUAUUGCAGAGUCCAUGAAUUCAGAUCAAGAAUCCAAUAAGGCUUCAGAAGAAUGGAUAUUCUCUGCUAUGGUGAUUGACCACGUCCUCCUGGCAGUCUUCAUGCUAGUCUGUAUUAUCGGCACAGCUGCUGUGUUUGCCGGACGGCUCAUUGAGCUACAUAUGCAGGGUUGAGGUGCCCCGAGCUGAUCUCCUUUGAAGUUCUGUACCUGUCAUCAUCAAGUGAUUUACUGUUGUCAAAGUUAAAACAAUUACAAGGAAAUUCUGUGUAAAUAAGUCAAAGCUCGAACAGAUCAUUUGAGAUUCACUAAAUAUUUUCUACAAAAAAUAAAUAAAUGAAAUUCUGAUUUUAAUAUUUAUUAAUGUGUAAGGCUAUGUUCACACAGGCGAAAAAUGUCUCAUGUACCGCAGUGCAUUUCCUUGCUGACUAUUCUUUCUACGGACGCCAGAAUCUGAUUUUGCGUUCCAGAUGUAUUUGUUGGAAAUUCUGCCAUGUGAACAGGGGAGCAGAAUCUCAUUAAAAUCAAAGGGACAUUGCUGCUGCAGAAUGUCUGUGCGCAAUAUUCAUGCAGAAUUCCGUGCAGACAUACAUAAUAAUUUAUAAUCAUAUUUUUGUAACAGCACUAAUAAUAGCACUAAGCUAAUAAAAUAAAUUACAAAAACACUUAACGUUGCAUAAAGUUUCAAAUAAAAAA